CAAAAUAUACUUUGGCUAGUAUAACUAGUUACUCCAAAAUACUGCUACUAAUAACAGAAAUAGUUCACAACUGUGAUGACUUGUGAAAAUACGGUUGAAAAUAAAGCAUACAUCUGAUGUGAAAUAUGGUGACAUAAUAAGGCAAGUCCAUGUCCUGUGAGUAAAGCCCAGAGGUCAAAUGAAAUAACAGCACAUUCUCGGUGUCAACUGCCCUCACCAUUUUUGCGACCGAAAUGACCCGCUCUCUCAUCCAGCACCGCGGACAGCGCCUGCGUCUCACGCGAGACUCAGCAGGAAGUGGCCAUCAUUCGCUCUUUUCAUUGCGCGCGCCCCUCCCAUCCCCGUUCCUCCCAAGUCCCUCGCAAUGACUGGCGAACGGAGGCACAGCACGGAACACGUAUGCAGCAGCAGCAGCAGCAUCUUUGCACUGGCCGUGUGAAGAGAUUGCAGUGUCUGCUUCCGCGCCCGAAGUGUUUCAGGAGGUUAAAAAUUCACCGCCAGUCGACCAGCCCUCUGAAUGUCGAACGCUACGUCAACAAACUGAUAGGUUUCCACGCCGUAAACAUCCCAUCGUGCGUUUAAUUCGCUUGUACGGUUAGGCGAGCGCCGUCCGAGAGCAAAAAUGUUGGAUCCAUCCUCCAGCGAAGAGGAAUCGGACGGGAUAGUGGAGGAGGAAAGCCGAGAGGUGAUGGCUCCACAGUCCGGAUCCUCUCGCAUCUCGCCCAGCAGGACCAGCGAGAGCUCCGAUAGGCUCCAGCCCGCCAGCCGAGGCUCCAGCGCGCGACCAUCCAGCCCGAGCCCGUCGGCCGCCAGCGAGCAGGAAAAGGAGGACGUGGAGAAACUGCAUCGGGAAGAAGAGGAACGAAAGAAGAAGCUGCAACUCUAUGUCUUUGUGAUGCGAUGCGUCGCCUAUCCCUUCAACGCCAAGCAGCCGACUGAUAUGGCAAGGCGACAGCUGAAGAUCACCAAGCAGCAGCUGCAGACCACAAAGGACCGCUUCGAGUCUUUUCUCAAAGGAGACACACAGAUUGUGGCAGAUGAAGCCUUCAUCAAUGCAGUUCAGAGCUAUUUUGAGGUUUUUCUGAAGAGCGAUCGUGUUGCUAAGAUGGUCCAAACAGGAGGUUUAUCCGCUCUGGACUGUCGCGAGGUGUUCAAGCGGCAUAUCGAGAAACGUGUCCGGAGCUUGCCAGAGAUCGACGGCCUGAGCAAGGAGACUGUCCUGAGCUCCUGGAUGGCUAAGUUUGACACAAUCUACCGUGGAGACGAGGACCCACGCAAGGCACAGCAGCGCAUGACAGCCAGCGCCGCUUCCGAGCUCAUCCUGAGCAAAGACCAGCUCUACGAGAUGUUCCAGCAGAUCCUGGGGAUCAAGAAGUUUGAGCACCAGCUGUUGUACCAGGCUUGCCAGUUGGAUAAUCUGGACGAGCAAGCAGCUCAGAUCAGGAGAGAACUGGAUGGGCGUCUGCAGAUGGCUGAUCAGAUUGCCCGGGCCGGCAAAUUCCCCAAGUUUGUGUCGAAGGAGAUGGAGGCUAUGUAUAUCGAGGAGCUGAAGAGCUCAGUGAACCAGCUGAUGGCUAACCUGGAGAGCAUGCCGGUUUAAGGAGGAGAGUUCAAACUGCAGAAGCUAAAGAGGCAUAACACCUCCAUCAUUGAUAUGGGACAGGAAGAUGAAAACCAGCUGUCCAAGUCUGAUGUUGUGCUGUCUUUCACACUUGAGGUGGUGAUUAUGGAAGUUCAGGGGUUGAAGUCGCUGGCUCCCAACCGCAUUGUGUACUGCACAAUGGAGGUGGAAGGUGGAGAGAAGCUACAGACGGACCAGGCUGAGGCCUCCAAACCCACUUGGGGAACUCAAGGAGACUUCACCACCACACACCCUCUGCCAGCGGUCAAAGUGAAGCUCUUCACAGAGAGCACAGGGGUCUUGGCCCUGGAGGACAAGGAGCUGGGCCGGGUGGUUCUUCACCCAACUCCAAAUAGCCCAAAGCAGGCAGAGCUCCACAAGAUGACUGUGACCAAGGCCUGCCCUGAUCAAGAUCUGAAGAUCAAACUUGCCGUGCGCAUGGACAAACCUCAGAACAUGAAGGCUUGUGGGUAUUUAUGGGCUGUUGGCAAAAAUGUUUGGAAACGCUGGAAGAAGCGCUUCUUUGUCUUGGUCCAGGUGAGUCAGUAUACCUUUAUGGUUUGCAGCUAUCGAGAGAAGAAGUCAGAACCACAGGAGCUGCUGCAGUUAGAUGGCUAUACUGUGGACUACACUGACCCACAGCCAGGUCUGGAUGGAGGCCGGGCUUUCUUCAAUGCAGUGAAGGAGGGUGACACUGUGAUCUUUGCCAGUGAUGAUGAACAAGACCGCAUCCUAUGGGUGCAGGCCAUGUAUCGAGCUACUGGCCAAUCACACAAACCCGUCCCACCCACCCAGGUCCAGAAACUGAAUUCUAAGGGCGGAGCUGCGGCACAGAUGGAUGCCCCCAUCUCUCAGUUCUCUGGACUCAAGGAUGCUGACAGGGCACAGAAGCACGGCAUGGAUGAGUUUAUCUCAGCUAACCCAUGUAGCUUUGAUCAUGCCUCGUUGUUUGAGAUGGUGCAGAGGCUCACGUUGGACCACAGGCUAAAUGACAACUUUGCGUGUUUGGGAUGGUUUAGCCCAGGUCAGGUGUUUGUUCUGGAUGAAUAUUGCGCUCGGAACGGAGUGAGAGGAUGCCACAGACAUCUGUGUUAUCUUGGCGACCUUCUGGAGAGGGCAGAUGCCGGGCACAUGAUCGACCCAACGCUGCUGCACUACAGCUUCGCGUUUUGUGCCUCCCAUGUUCAUGGCAACAGGCCUGAUGGUCUUGGAACAGUAACGGUGGAGGAAAAAGAACGCUUUGAGGAAAUCAAAGAGCGAUUACGCGUCCUUCUGGAGAAUCAGAUUACAAACUUUAGGUAUUGCUUUCCAUUCGGUCGCCCUGAGGGAGCAUUGAAAGCCACUCUGUCUUUGCUGGAGAGGGUGCUUAUGAAGGACAUUGUGACCCCAGUCCCACAAGAGGAUGUCAAGGCUGUCAUACGUAAAUGCUUAGAGCAAGCGGCUCAAAUUAACUACCAGCGCAUCACUGACUACGCCAGAGUGGAAGGAAAAAAGAGGGAAAUGUAUGAUCAUCCUGUCUACUCCUUGGCUACACAAGUGAUGGAUUUAACCAUCCAGAAUGUAGCUAACCUAGCUACACCUGCUAAAAAACUGGAGCAUGUCAUCCGCCUGGCAGAGUUAGUCAUUGAGGUUCUACAUCAGAACCAGGACCAUCACGCCGAGGCUGCGGUCACAAGUACAGGAGACCAGUCGGCCUUUGCAUGGUGGUCAGACCUGAUGGUGGAGCACGCUGAGAACUUCCUUUCGCUCUAUGGAGUUGAUAUGGAUGCUGCUCUUGAGAUCCAGUCUCCCGAGAGCUGGGACAGUUUCCCGCUCUUUCAGCUUCUAAACGAUUUCCUCCGUACCGACUAUCACCUGUGUAAUGGAAAGUUCCACAAACAUCUGCAGGAUCUGUACGCCCCUCUUGUGGUGCGAUAUGUGGAUCUUAUGGAAUCCUCCAUUGCUCAGUCCAUUCACAGGGGAUUUGAGCGGGAGUCAUGGGAGCCUGUAAAGAGUUUAACAAGUAAUCUGCCCAAUGUGAAUCUACCAAAUGUGAACCUCCAAAUUCCCAAAGUACCAAAUCUUCCAGUGCCAGUAGCAGGACUAUCUGUUAACCUUCCACAAAUGCCUAGCUUUUCCACUCCGUCCUGGAUGGCUGCUAUAUAUGACUCUGACAAUGGCUCUGGAACAUCGGAAGAUCUGUUCUGGAAGUUGGAUGCCCUACAGACCUUCAUCAGGGACCUACACUGGCCAGAAGAAGAGUUUGCUAAACAUCUGGAUAACCGUAUGAAGCUCAUGUCAAGUGACAUGAUUGAGACAAGCGUUAAACGCACCAGGGCAGCGUUUGAAUCUAAGCUGACCAAAAGCAGCCGUUCCACAGAUUUCCGCAUCCCACUGUCCUUAUGCACCAUGUUCAAUGUGAUGGUUGAUGCCAAGGACCAGUCUGCUAAACUGUGUGCCAUGGAAAUGGGCCAGGAGAAACAGUACCACUCUCAAAUCGAUGAUCUCAUUGAAGAGAGUGUAAAAGACAUGAUUUCCCUUUUGGUGGCAAAGUUUGUGGCCAUUCUGGAGAGCGUACUUGCCAAGAUCUCCAGGUAUGAUGAAGGAACUCUCUUCUCCUCCUUCCUGUCCUUUACGGUGAAAGCUGCAUCAAAAUAUGUGGAUGUCCCUAAACCAGGAAUGGAUGUUGCGGAUGGCUAUGUGACCUUUGUCCGUCACUCUCAGGACAUUCUGAGAGAUAAGGUCAAUGAGGAGGUGUAUAUAGAGAGAUUAUUUGAUGUAAGUAAGAUGCCGUAACCUCCGUGCCUAACAAAGGAGGGCCCAUCCAAAAUGUGGCAAAACAAUGGGGCAUAUGAGGGAUAAGUCACAUUUUGAGUGUCGAAACCUGGAGAUCUUACAUCCAGACACAUAAGGCCAAUCAUGACCUGAAGCUUUCAGUCAGCUCCCUAAUGUCUCAUUGCUGUGACUUCCUGUUCCAGCUCUCUGUGCUCUGGUGUUUCAUUAGCCACGAUGCAUUGGACCUUUGUGCUCUGGUGUUGUGUUAGCUAACGUGCGUUGGACUAUAUGCUCAGCGGUUUCUUGUUUAAGAGGCAAAGUGUCACCAAGUGGAUUAUUUAUAAGACAGUGCUCUCAAAGUAAUCAACUUUAUUUUGACCUGAAAAGUGCAACACAAAACUUUUUUUAAAUAGAAAAAAAGAGGACAGAUUUUACUAAAUGCAUUAUAAAAAAAAUUUAACAUUCAAACCAUCAAAGUAAUUUAAGCUCAUUGUAUCACUUUUAUAUAUUUUGCAACCCUACCACUUUUCAUAAAAUCCAUUUUAUUUUACCAACUGACAUAGAUAUGAGAGCACUGUUCAAUUUAGAAAAAUAAUCCUUUGUGAUUGUGUGAACAUGUGUCUUUGUUACACAAUGGCAUACAUGUGUGUUUAUAUAUUUUAAUAAGAAAAAUGUAACAGAUGUGUGGACCAGUGGUUGUUUAGGAUACAAGUACGUAUGUGUGUGUGUGUGUGUGUGUGUGUGUGUGUGUGUGUGUGUGUGUGUGUGUGUGUGUGUAUGUGAGGAUUUGUCAGCGUUUUUAUAAUUUUUAAUUUUCUAUAUUUAGUUUCCUGUAUAAAUAUUAAUGUGUGCGUGUGUGAGAAAAUAUUUAGUUGUGUCAUACCAUACUAUAAUAAGUUGUAUGUAUUACAGUAUUGUG